UUGAAGUACUAUUUUGUGCUUCUAUGGUGGAAUGUUUACCAUAUGUGCAUGCAAUUACCAUAUUUGGAUGCAAUGAAUUAAAACAGAUAAUUGGUGAGGAUACAAAGAAUCACAGAAAGCCAUUUUUUCCUAGACUGAAAGCACUUGUCAUAGAAGAAUGCAACAAAUUGAAAUGUAUCAUUCCCAUCUCAAUUUCCAAAAUGCUACCAAAGUUAGAAGUUCUGGUAAUCGUAAAAGCAAGUAUGCUAGAGGAAGUAUUCGAAGGGAACAGUGAUGAAAAGGUUGAGAUUCCAAAUCUGAAAACUGCAGUAUUUGCUGAACUUCCAAGCCUUCGCCAGAAGAUUGAAUUUCUCACUGUAAAGCAUAGUUUGGUGAAGAAUGGUCCAAAAUUUUCCUUGUCUUCAUCCCUUCCAAGUUUUGAAGAUAUUCUUGCUUCUGCCAAAGGAUAUUUUAAAGAAGAUCGGGAUAUAUCAAAAAGAUUAGUUGAUAUUCUUUGUCAUCUUUAUCUUUUUGGAGAGAUUGGCUAUCGAAUGUCAAUAGGCUAUGAAGUUGCAACUCAAUUUGAAGUAACAUCGAUAAGCAGUAAAUGGAGUCAUGCUAAGAUUAGAGACAGCCCAAUACUUAAACAGAUUGACGAAGACAACCAACGUCAAAAUGACGUUGGAUCAAAUGAAUUGGAGGAAGUAGAGAACCAAAGCCAAGAAACAAUCGAAGAUGAACACAAUCUUCGGAUACCAUCCAUAAUAUCACCAAUAGAAACUCCUAUGUACAAAACAGAUUCACCAGAAAAUGAAGAACAAAUGGCGAUACCUUCUUCAAAUCUUAACAUGGAGCUUGCUACACCUAAAGAUGUUAAUGAUGGAGACUUUGAGAGAACAUCUAACUCAGUGGUUUCUCAAAAUACUAAUUCUACAGAGUCAGAACUGAAAUAUCAGCAUGUAAAGAACAUAUUACUGGAGAUGCCGGAUAAUCUUGAUGAGGAUUCUAAAGCUGCAGUAGCAUCAGGGAGUGAGUUGACUGCAUCAAAGGGAAUAAAGAGAACAUGUGAAGAAGGAACCAUAUCACCACAUGCAGAGACAAUAGCAUUGUCAAGUGAUUCAGAAUCAGAACAUGUUGUGAAUAUAGAACUUGAAGAUGUUGGUGUUGGAGACAUUCAAGAAGCUUCUCCAGAGAAACUACAUCAGAUCACUGAAGUCACUCUGAAUUUGUUGAAUUGUUAAAAGAACUGCGUAAUUGUGGUUUCAAUAAGGAUUGGUUGGAUGAUGUUGAAAGACUCAAGACAGUCCUUUGAUUCUGCAUUUGGAGGAUCUUAAACAUUAAGUGGCAGAAAAUCUUGAGCAUUCGAGAUAUUGAUAAAUGUUGCUUGUGUUGAAACUUUGGUCUCUCCAUAUUUUCCUGAGCUAUUUAUGUUUUCUCAAAUAAAACCAAAUAA